GGUGAGCGGCUCGCUUGCUCUGUCAGCUGACCACAGUCCCGCCGUCGCCACGGUGGUGCCCCGCCCACCUGUGUUGUUGUCAUCUCACAUUGUCUGCGAGGAUCACCAUCACUACCGAGGUCUGCGGAGCUACCGAACGCGAAAAUGUCGUCGCUGCUCAAGCCGUUUUCGGUCUGUGAGGGUCCGUGUGAGAGCUGCUCAGCCCGGAGGCACAACCUCCAUCAACAGCAGCAGCGUCUGGCCGCGGAGCUGGGCUCUCCGCCCGUGCAUCGGAUGCUAGAUGCGGCUAGGAGGAACCUGGCGGCCGCUGCCCCCGGGGGGAGGAAAAUCACCCACCCCGGAAAAGCUAUUCUAGCAGGAGGCAUUGCAGGAGCAAUAGAGAUCUGCAUCACCUUUCCUACAGAGUACGUAAAGACCCAGCUGCAGCUGGAUGAGCGGCACAACCCACCCCGUUACAGAGGGAUUGGUGACUGCGUGAGGCUGACCGUGCAGGAUCAUGGACUCAGAGGGUUGUACCGGGGUCUGAGCUCGCUGCUCUAUGGGUCCAUACCCAAAUCUGCAGUAAGGUUCGGUACAUUUGAAAUACUCAGCAACCCGAUGCGUGAUCACACGGGUCGGCUCAACAACACAAGGAGCCUCGUGUGUGGUUUAGGAGCUGGGGUAGCCGAGGCCGUGUUGAUCGUCUGCCCCAUGGAGACACUAAAGGUGAAGCUGAUCCAUGACCAGUGUUCCCUCCGACCUCGCUAUAGAGGCUUCUUCCAUGGAGUGAGUGAGAUUGUCAGAGAACAAGGUUUGAGGGGGACUUAUCAAGGCCUGACACCAACGGUACUGAAACAAGGAAGCAAUCAGGCCAUCCGGUUCUAUGUUAUGACCUCUUUGCGAAAUUGGUACAAAGGUGAUGAUCCCAGAAGAGAAAUGCACCCAAUCGUCACAGCGAUGUUUGGAGCAACAGCAGGAGCCGCCAGCGUUUUCGGAAAUACGCCUUUAGAUGUUGUUAAGACCAGGAUGCAGGGUUUAGAUGCUCAUCGUUACAAAAACACACUGGACUGUGCCUUCCAGAUCUUAAAACACGAAGGACCACAGGCGUUCUACAAGGGCACGGUCCCUAGACUUGGCCGUGUUUGCCUGGACGUGGCCAUAGUCUUCGUCAUUUACGAGGAGGUGGUCAAAUUGCUGAACGGCGUGUGGAAGACGCAGUAAAAGCUGCGAGGGAGGAAGCACACAUCAGUGCCUCACGCUACGCACAACUCAACACCUCUAUUCUAGCUCAUCCUAGCUGUCUACAUCUCUGACCAGAUGACAUGUCAUCUUGACCGGUGUCCACACUGUUAGAUAACGUACCGUGAUUUAACACAGUGAAGAUGAAGAGAAGGACCGAUUUUCUUAUUUUUCUGUAAGGAUAUCAGACAAGAUAGGAUGCUUUUAUUUUGAAGGGCAGAGAAGCAAAGUCAUAAAACAUUGCUGACAUAACAGAACUUCUUCAGAUGAAUUCUUGAAUUAAAUAGCAGUUUUACUGUACCCCAAAGCUUAAAUAUGGAAAAACUAGUAAAUAAAAGGGACAUAAUGAGA